AUGUUCCACUGCCCAGAGAGAGCCAUGGCUGCAGAGAACCCCGUGGAAAAUCUCCAGGAGGAAGCUACAUGUCCCGUCUGUCUGGAGUAUUUCACAGAACCUGUCACUCUGGAGUGUGGGCACAAUUUCUGCCGAGCCUGCAUCAACCAGUGCUGGGAGGGAUCCGAUACAGCUGCCUCCUGCCCUCAGUGCAGAGAAACUGUGCAACAGAAAAACCUCAGACGCAACAGGCAGCUGGCAAAUGUUGUAGAAAUCGCCAAGCGGCUGAGUUUACAGGCAGCAAAGGGAACAGGACGGGAUGGGGUGUGUGGGGAACACCAGGAGACUCUGAAACUGUUCUGUGAAGAGGAUCAAACCCCCAUCUGUGUGAUCUGCAGAGAGUCCCGGGCUCACCGCGCUCACACUGUGGUUCCCAUACAGGAAGCUGCCCAGGAGUACAAGGAAAAAAUCCAGGCCCAUUUGCAGACCCUGAGGGAAGAGAGAGAAAAGCUGCUGGGAUUUAAAGAGGCUGUAGAGAAGAGAAGCCAGGAGUAUCUGAAACAGACAGAAAUCGGGAGGCAGAAGAUUGUGUCUGAAUUUCAGCAACUGCGGCAGUUCCUGGAGGAACAAGAGCGACUCCUGCUAGCCGGGCUGGACAAGCUGGAUGAGGCAAUUGUGAAGAUACAGAAUGAAAAUGUCAGUAAACUCUCCGAGCAGAUUUCCCGUCUCAGUGAGCUGAUCAGUGAGAUGGAGGGGAAGUGUCAGAAGCCAGCGAGUGAAUUCCUGCAGGAUGUCAGAAGCACCUUGAGCAGAUUUGAGAAGGGGAAGUUCCAGCAGCCAAGGGAGAUUUCUCCUGAACUGGAAGUGAGACUCAGUGAUUUCUCCCAGAAAACUAUUGCUGUAAUGGAGACUCUGAGGAAGUUCAAAGACAUUCUGCCAGCUAAAUUGGAGAUAAGAAGAGUGGAACCCCUAGAAGUACAUCGACAGGCGAAUGUGACUCUGAAUCCAGACACGGCUCAUCCCCAGCUCGUCCUGUCUGAGGAUCGGAAAAGUGUGAGCGGUGGAGACACGUGGCAGCGACUGCCCAACAACCCUGGGAGAUUUGACACUGUGUACUAUGUGCUGGGCUGUGAGGGAUUCACCUCGGGGAGACAUUGCUGGGAGGUGCAGGUGGGGGAUGGGCGAUUCUGGGCCGUGGGGGUGGCAAGAGAGUCUGUGAAGAGGAAGGGAUGGAUCAGCCGUAGCCCUGAUGAUGGGAUCUGGGCUGUGGGGCUGUGGAAGGGUCAGUUCCAGGCCCUCACCUCCCCUGAGACCCGUCUGCCCUGGCGACGGGUCCCAAAGAGGAUCCGGGUUUGUCUGGACUGUGACCAGGGGCAGGUGACAUUUAUCACUGCUGGUGACAAGGCCCCGAUCUUCACUUUCCCGCCAGGCUCCAUCCCUGGGGAGAGAAUCCUACCCUGGCUCUGGGUGGGGGACAAAGACACCUGGCUCAUACUGUAUCCCUGAGGGGGAUUUUCCCACCCAUUCAAGAAUACAAGAGUCACUGAAGAAGAUGACAUUUUGAUUACGAGGCACGGGCUAA